AUGGCAGUGACAGACGAGUCCGGUCGCGAGUCCACCUUCACAGAACCCCGCUCGUCGUCCUCGACUGGUUCCAAACGCGCUCGUUCACCUUCACCUGCCGACAGCGGCCGUCGCCUCUCGCCUUCUCCCGACAUUGACGCACGAGGUUUGUCAUUGGCGGACUCUAUCUCUGAAAUGCCUUCGAUACCCGAAACACCUACUAUGGACCAAGAUAUGCCACCUGCGUAUGUGUCUGUUGUAAUGCCAUCUGCGGAGGAUCAAUGGCGCCAGCUUGGUGGGCUGCUUGAUAAGGCGUUGGCGGAGGAAGACGUAUGGUAUAUCAUUGAUAUGCAGUGGCUCUCCCUUUGGAAGGCAUGGGUACAGGGCCAAACAGAAACAGCACCAGGACCCAUUGAUAAUAGCAGUAUUGCCGACGACGAGGGGUUGCUGAAGGAGGGGUUGAGCAUUGAGGAAGAGUAUGAAGUUGUCCCAGAGGAAGUUUGGAAUGCUUUGAAAGAAUGGCAUACACUCAAUGGCCCUGAAUUCGAACGUUUGGUCAUCAACACAGCGCCGUCUGGAGCAGUUGGCAAGAACCUGCGCGUUGAAGUAUACCCUCCUACUUUCCGACUGCUCAAAAUACGCCCUUCAGUAAAUGCGUCGGGUCCGAUGACUAUGGAGCGACUGCGUGCCUCAGCGGGCUUCGUAUCCACACGGGCUCAGAGGGCUCCUAAGAUUACUGUGUCUGCCAUGACCCCGCUUCAGAACUUGAUCGACGCUGCUCGUGAUGCCCUUGAUAUUGGGAAGGAUGUCAACAUCAAGUUCUGGUUAGGUGACUUCCCGGAGAAUCAGGCUGUUCUGGACGCCAAGACUGUUCUCGAAUUGGGAAGUGAGCCGGACUUGAGUGAAGCAGACACGUCCAAGUCUCUGCAGGAGGUCGAUUUAGGCAUGAGUCAGUCUGUGGUGGUGGAGGUAAUGGUCAAUGGUAAGUGGGCAACGGAGAUGGACGACGUUGUCAACAGUCUUGAACCGAGGACACUGGCGGGCGCGCGUCUUGCAGCUCCUUCCCGAUCGUCUGGAUCUGCCAGUCUCACGAUCGACGAAACCCCGAAACGUGUGGAGGGCACUUCAGGAUUACAGAACCUUGGAAACACUUGCUAUAUGAACUCUGCGCUUCAGGCUUUGUCGCAUACCGAGGAACUAACCAAGUACUUUCUGGCCGGUGUCUACAAGGAGGAGCUCAACGUUGACAAUCCUCUGGGUAUGUCCGGUCAGCUGGCCACCAGUUAUGCUGGUUUGCUGCAGAACGGCCUCUACUCUCAACCGCCGCUCAUGUACUACGCUCCACGAGACUUCAAAUACGCUCUCGGUAGGUUUGCGCCAAGCUUCUCUGGCUACGGGCAACAGGAUGCUCAGGAGUUUCUUGCGUUUUUACUUGAUGGACUUCAUGAGGAUCUGAACCGCAUUCUCAAUAAGCCGUACACCGAGAAACCGGAUUCUAAGGAGACAGAUGAGGAUUCCCUUGCAGUCCUUGCAGACACCUGCUGGAAUGUUCACAAGCAACGCAAUGACUCCGUGAUCGUGGAUCUUUUUCAGGGUAUGUACAAAUCCACUCUGAUAUGUCCGGAAUGUGACAAGGUCAGCGUAACUUUCGAUCCAUUUAUGGAUCUUACUUUGCCGCUCCCAGUCAGCAAGAAGUGGAGACAUCAGGUUUUCUUCGUUCCGUGGAGCAGCGAGAAGAAAGUAACAAAGUUGACCGUCGAACUGGAGGGAAAUACAAGUGUGAAAGCUAUGAAAGCACACAUUGGGCAGAGGGUGGGUGUCGAUCCCAAGCGGCUGUUUAGCAGUGAGGUUUACUCGCACAAAUUCUACCGACAUCAUCCGGACUUCGCAGCUGUCUCUGAGGUUAUCACUGGGUCAGAGGACAAGAUUUAUGUCUAUGAGCUUCCUGACGACUUCACGGUGCCUGAUGGCCGCAAGAGUGCUGAUGGUGACCGUGCUUCUGACGGUGUUCUUGUUCCGGUCUUCCAUUAUAGACUUGGUUCGAAGUACUCCAGCCCGGACUCUGAGGUUUUCGGGUCGCCCUUUGUUAUUGUUGUCACCGAAGAAGAUCAGAAGAGUUACGACGCGGUCUAUAAGAAAGUAGUUGAGAAGUAUGGGCAGUUCACUACUGCAAAGGAUGAACUUUGUUCUGCUGCCGCACGGAAACCCGAGCAGGAAGUCGUUGUCCCUGUCGCGGAGGAGAAGGAGGAGGAAGCCGUUGAGGCCGUGGGGGACAGCAAGAAGGAACUGGAUGAUGAGUCUAACGGAGUGCCGCAUAUGACGGCGUCCGAAACCGAAGAUGGUGUCGUAGAGAUUACCCCCACGGAAUCCGCCGAAGACUCUGCAGACACAAGAGCCACCAGCGUUGCAAGCAUGUCAUCUGCUAAACCACACCCUAACCUUUUCACAAUCAAGGCCUUCAGUUCAUCCAUUCGGGGCACAGAUAUGGCUGUACCUACCCUUUGGACCAAUGUGUAUGGACUCGACAGAGCUCCCGAUCUUCGCGACAAAUACCCGAAGCCAGUCAGGGAAACUUCCCCAAACGGAGAUGAAGCUGACGAUGCCGCGGUGACCGUGGAUGAGGUUCUUCGUGACGCCGAAAAGAGUGACGCUGCAGAUGAUGACGAUUCCUUCCCCAUUGCAAGCGCGAUCUUGAACAAGGUUGCUGCACCUGCCGCCAGUGAUUUCCAGCGUCCCUUGAACCCCGGUGAUGCACUGAUUGUUGAAUGGCCCGAUCUUGUCUAUGAUGCUUUCUUCAAUGGUACCGGUCCGGAUGACAACAUGAGAGGUACCGCGCAAUGGGACGAGGAUACGUUUGAAAAUUUCGAAAGUGAAGACGAGAAAGCCGCUCUUGAGGCUGCGCGUGAGAAGGCAGCAAAUAAGGAGGUGAAUCUCAAUGACUGCUUGGACGAAUUCGCUAAGACUGAGCAGCUGGGCGAGGAUGAUCUGUGGUAUUGCCCGCAGUGUAAGGACUUUAGGCAAGCAACGAAGACCAUGGAGCUCUGGAAGUCGCCAGAUAUCCUAGUCAUGCACCUGAAGCGGUUCUCUUCAGGACGCGUAACACGAGGCAAGAUUGACAACCUAAUUGAUUUCCCUCUUGAAGGUUUGAAUCUGGAGGAACGAGUUGGCGAGCAUCGAAUCAAAAAGAAUAAGGGCAAGGAAACGAGCAGUCAGGUGUAUGACCUUUUCGGCGUCGUCAAUCACUUCGGAGGCUUGGGUGGUGGUCACUACACGAGUUACACAAAGAACUUCCAUGAUGGCAAAUUCUACAAUUUUGAUGAUUCUCAUGUAUCUCCUGUGGACGAGGAUCGUAUCGUUACGCCCGCUGCUUACCUCUUAUUCUACCGUCGCCGUUCUUCGGAGCCUCUUGGAGGCCAAACGCAUUGGAAGACUGUCAAAUACCUUGAGGGACAUAAGGCGGCUGUCGAUGCCGCGCCAACGCUUUACGACGAGCACAAUACUGUGGCAAUUGGUGACAUGACUGGACUUAUACCAACCACUUACGCUCGAAGAGGCUCAAACUCAUCCUCCUCGAGCAGCUUAGCGACAGCACACACCAACGACGACGACAGGGAGCGUAUGCUUGAAUCACCUGCUGUCUGUGACGCCGAGCCAUGGGAGAAGGCUAGUGAAAAUGGGAUCUCGUCACCACGUUUCGCCGAAAACACCCCGGACGGCGAUGACGCGGUCAUGGCUGACUUCGUAGAAACUGGCGCCGACGAUAACAACGACACGACUGAUGAGGGGCUUCACUUGUAA